AUGUCAAAAUACAAUGUUACUUCAACAGAAAAAUAUGCAGAAGCAAUUUCUGAUUUAAAACACCAGUUCAAGUUGAGGUUCUCAGAUUUCAAAGCUAAUGAAACAUAUUUUAAUUUGUUUUCAAUUCCAUUUUCAUUACCAGUUGAAGAUGUCCCAGAAAACAUGCAAAUUGAGAUCAUUGAUUUACAAAACAAUAAAGUAUUAAAAGAAAAUUAUUUUAAAUGUAACAAAGCGCAAUCUCAUUUUUGUAUGGGAUCAAUUAAAAAAUCAAUAGAUGGAACUAUAACUGUUGUAAAAAGACAUAAUGGUCAUGCAAGAGAACCAGACAACACAAUUGUUGUAAAUAACUUUCGAAAUGUAUUAAAACAUCGGGCAGCAACAGAAAAUGCAAUAUUAAAAAAUAUUUAUGAUGAAGAAGCAAGAAGAGACAUGGUAGCAGCUGCUCUUUACCCGUGGUCAACAGCUGAAUCAAUUAUGCGUUUAGCCAGAAGAAAUUCCUUACCAAGAUUACCUGCUAACUUGAGGGCGCUGGCAACAUUAUUUGAAGAUGGCCAGUUACAGAGAUUUGGGUGUUGUGAUGCUGGUUUUUUUAAAGGAUGUAUCCAGGAUAUAGAAAAUAAAACAAGUGUUAUUUUUGCAUGUCCACAAUUGAUUAGAUCUGUCCUAGAAAAUAAUAUUCAAGAAGUCCACGCCGAUGCUACUUUCAAAGUUGUCCCUGCAAAUAUGGGGUAUCAGUUAUUAACUUUGCAUUGCAUGAUUCAAAACUAUUCUAUACCUAUCAUCUACGUCCUUAUGGAAAAAAAGACAAGGAACUCCUAUGAAUGUGUUUUGCGGUUCAUAAAAAACAAUUUACUACCAACAUUGAGACCAGAAGUAAUAAUUACCGAUUAUGAAACUGCUCUAAGAGAUGUCUUAGAAUCCACAUUUCCAGGAGCCCGAUCUGUCGGUUGUUGGUUCCAUCAUAAUCAAGCCGUGUGGAAGAAAAUGAAGAAAUUGAACUAUUUAAAUUAUAUUAAUAAUAAUGAAAAUGCUUUAAAAUCUCUACGAUUGUUGAUGUGUCUUCCACUGUUACCAGCUCAUAGUAUUGAAAAUGGAUUUCUAUUGAUUAUGGCAUUUGCCCGAAACCAUGCAGUUAAUUUAGACAAUUUGUUUAAUUAUUAUCAAAGAUAUUGGUUAAGGAACGUUGGUCCAGAAAUUGUUUCUGUGUAUGGACUACCACGCAGAACCAACAACAAUAUAGAAAGCUUUCAUAACGCUUUGAAAAUGAAAUUUUCAGUUAACCACCCAAGCUUAUGGAUAUUUUUGGACCAUUUAACUCACUUGAACAAAAAUUACCACGUCAUCGUAAAUCAACUCAACAAUAACCUAGUUCCAACAAGGCAUUUACGAAUUAAGUUUUUGGUAAAUUCAAGAAAAAUAAAAACUGCUUCUGAGCAAUUAGAUUUAGGCCUAAUAUCUAUUUGGCAAUUCCUUCAACGCUGUUCUUAUGCAAGUGCAGUAUAUGAACAAAGACAAAGAAAUUGGGAUAUAAAAAAUGAUGAAGAUGCAGAGGAACCAAUUUUAGAUGAUCCACAAAUAAAUAUACCACUGGUAAUGCUACAUGAGCCAAUGGAUAACAUUCCUAUGCCAGUACCACAGGAGAGGGAAGUAGCCGAAUUGCCUUUAGAUGCUAAUAAUGAUCCACAAGCUGCAGAAAAUAGGUCAUUAUAUAUGGUGUGUAUUGAGGGAACAUUGGAACAAAAUGAAACAAAAUAUAUAGUUCUUCCAUGUGGACAUGCUUGGAUAUGCCACAACUGUAUGAUUCAGUUAUCAACAGGACAUAAUGCUGUUUGUCCUAUAUGUCGUACUGAUCAGGUGUCUUUUCAGCGUAUUUUCUUUUCUUAA